CACUAAUCGGUUUCGGUACUCCCAAAAAUUGAGUUCUAGAAAAUAAUGGAACGUUUUGUAUGGUACCAUUAAAGUGAGCUUUUCUUUCGUCAUAAAUAUAUCAUAGCAAGAUAUAUUCUUUAAACGUACGAGCAUCCGGGAGAAAUAAUUUAACAUCACUCCCAUUCAUGAUAUUAUAAAUAUAAGUUUAAACGUAGGGUCAAUCAGUGUGCAGUGUGUAGUUCGCAACAUUAUACAAUGCAAUUUAGAGAGAUGUGGAUCCCUACAUCUGUGAAAAUUUAUAUAACAAUUGUUAUGAUAGCUCAUGUGGAUAACAUACAAGAGUACUUAUUUUCUCAUUACAGACCUAAAAAGUAAUUCAUAAUUAUCUCAAAUACGUCUUAAAAUUUUAUAUAAUGGAGUAUACUUAUAUUUAUAUGUGAGUGCGCAAGUGCGAAAUCUUGGAAGUGCUUCUAAAUAUCAAAAGAACGCUUUUGAUCAAUACGACAAUGGUUGACAACUCCAGUCAGUUACGAUUUGUCGACUGAAAGACACGUAUCAGAGAGUGUUGGGCAGGAAAGUUGAACUAAAAAAUAACGAAUUAAUUGUAUUAUUAUACACAUUCUAAGUGAAUUAAAAAAUAGGUGUAUGAAAGUAGAGAGGAAAAUUUUUUACGUUCAAACACAUUUAUUAACCUUAGAUUAUUUGAGGUUGGUGAAACUUAAAGCAGAUAAAAUCAAUAAAGGAUAACUCAACAGUUUAAAUGUUGAUUAGUUAGCUAAAAAAUUACGUGUGAUAUAAUAAUAAAAAAAGGUGCUUGAAAAGUAAUAAUUAAAUUUGUAGUACAAAUAGGAAAGUCCAUUGUAGCCAAAGAUUUACAUUAAACUUUAUAAAUAUUGAGACUCAAUUAAUAGACAAAUAAUCUAUCAGCAUUAGAUAAAACGACAAUAUAAAACCCUAUCCCAAAUAAUAAGAAUACGUCAGGUGGAUCCAAGUUUUGUGAUCGACGAAUUUACUUUUAUAUAUUCAAAACGGCAACCUAUCGUCAUUUCGGUAUUGUCAGAACUCCACUGCAUUCCGCAAGUGCUUUUGAUAAUCAUCAAGAUUAUCAAUCAAGCACUUUUAUAACACAAUGGAAGAAAAAUCAUCGGCCCGCUUUUCUGAGUAUCUCUUCGCCAAGAUGGGUGGACAAGAUGUUUCAGCUUCGCAGGGUCCCCGAAAGGUGACGGCCGAUACAAGGAAAUGGAUGCGUGAAAACAUGCUUCUUUUAGUUACUUUGUCUGGUGUUAUGCUUGGUAUAAUUUUAGGAUUUGGGUUAAGAUCAUUAGGAUUAGAUGAUGACACAGUUAUGCUGAUAAGCUACCCUGGUGAAUUAUUCAUGCGGCUCUUAAAACUUAUGAUUUUACCCUUAGUCAUUGCUAGUCUUAUUUCUGGAUCUGCCAGUUUAAAUGCCAAAAUGAACGGAAAAAUAGCCGUUCGUACAUUGGUUUAUUUCAUUUUUACGUCCUUAUUAAAUGCUAUUCUUGGAGUAGCAUUAUCAUUGUUAAUUCAUCCUGGAAAUUAUGACAUGAAGGAUUUAACAACAGCUUCGACUUCAACUAGGGCUGUUAAUAUUUUGGAUAGUCUUUUAGAUUUGGGAAGAAAUAUGUUUCCUGAAAACCUUUUCCAAGCAGCAUUUCAACAAGCUCAUACUGUAUAUGUUCCUAAAAAAUUAAUGUUUCACAACGACAGCCAUAAGUUAAUGAAAACAGAAGAUGAUUUAUCAGAAGAAGAGCUCAUACGAGUUAUUCAAUAUAGAAGUGGUACGAAUACACUGGGAAUUGUAUUUUUUUGUCUGGUGUUCGGUACUUUCCUUGGUACUCUUGGUGAGAAGAAAGGUCAAGUUGUCAUUGACUUUUUUAAAGCUGUGUUUGAAGUGAUUAUGCGAAUGGUUUCUACUGUAAUGUGGAUGACUCCAAUUGGAAUAACAUCCGUGAUAGCUGGAAAAAUUCUGGGAGUUGAUAAUUUACUGUUGGUCAUGUCUCAAUUGGGUUGGUUCAUUGUAACAGUAGUAAUUGGAGUAUUAUUAUACCAACUAAUCAUAAUGCAACUCAUUUACCUGGUGUUCGUAAAAAAAAACCCUUUUAAAUUCUACGCCGGCUUGGCACAAGGAACUCUCACCGCUUUCGCCAUGGCAUCAACGGCUGCUGCACUUCCUGUUACUUUUCGACUGAUGACCGAUAAGCUAAAAGUUGAUCCAAGAGUCACAAGAUUUGUCUUACCAAUUGGAUGCAAUAUUAACAUGGAUGGAACUGCAUUGUUCGUUGCUACUGCAAGUAUUUUCAUCGCCCAAAUGAACGGGAUCUACUUGGGUUUUGGAGAAAUAGUUACCGUUAUAUUAACAUCAACCGCUGCCAGUGUAUCCUCAGCAUCAAUCCCUAGUGCUGCAUUAGUACUUCUUAUUGUCGUUCUAAGUGCCAUAGAUGCUCCUGUCGAAGAUGUAUCUCUUCUCUUUGCGAUCGAUUGGUUUGUAGACCGUGUUAGGACUACAAACAAUAUGUUGGGUGAUUGUUAUGCUGCUGCAGUGGUGGAACAUUUAUCUAAAAAAGAAUUAAUGGCAUUGGAUGCUGCAGCAUAUCAAUCUGAAAUGAUUUUGCCAACUGGACUUGCCAAUGGUUGUAUUUCAGCAAAUAGAGUUCCAGAUCCAGAUACCAUUGUUGUUGAAAUGCCCGAAGAUACACAUAUACCUGGCAUCGCCAAGUAAAAAAACUUGAAAACCAGUGAGUCAAACCAAUGACAAAAAAAAAUGUGAUAAAAGAGACUUUUCAAUAAUAGACACAUACGUGUAUAUCAAUGUGAUUAGAAUAGCCAUUUUAUCAAUUAUAUUGUAAUUGUAAAAACCUAACUUUAUUAAAGUUAUCGAUAGGAUCAGAAUUAAGGGUAACAUGGUAAUCAUUAAAAUGAUCACAAUUAUUUGGACAACUUUAAACUUGAUGAAAAAAAAAACGUUCAUAAUAAACAAUAUCAAAUACCAAAAGUAUUGGGCACUUGAAAUCAGAAGUAAUAUUGGAAAUAUAUUCAUAUGUACACUUUUAUACAAUAGCUUCUAAAAUGUUGUAAAAAAAUAAAGAUGCCCGAUACUAAUGGACAAGGCUGAAUAUGUAUAUGUAUAUGUAUAUAUAUAUCAUUUCUACGCCAAAAGACUAAAUUGUUGACUGUAUUAUCUGUCAUUGCGUUAAUUUUGUAAUAUUUUAUAGUGACUAUUGAAAAAAUUGUUCGCUUGAACUUGAUUGAUUGUCUAUCGAGUUGAAAGUUUUUGAAAAAUUCAGCCAUUUCAUGACUUAAUGUAAAUAACAUACAUUUACCAAUAAAAACAUAAUA